AUGUCCGCACCUGACCAGCUGCAGGAAGAGGUAUGGCAGGAUCGAGAGAUUAAGUUCGACCAGCAGCCGCAGCUGCUCAAGCUGCGCAAAGGUGAAUUUCAGAUCGAUUCUAUCAACUCCGUUGAGGACACCAAGGGCAACAACGGUGAAAGGGGUAUACUCAUCGUCACAAACCUGAGGCUUAUUUGGACCUCUGCGAAGUAUGCGAGGACCAAUUUGAGCAUUGGGUUCAAUUGUGUUUCGAGCGUCAAUAUCCGAACGGUGAAUUCCAAGCUGCGCGGCAACAGCCAAGCUUUGUACGUCAUGACACGGUUCAAUUCCACUCGCUUUGAGUUCAUUUUCACAUCCCUGGUAAAACACAGCCCUCGCCUGUUCACAACGGUCCAGGCGGUGUUUAAGAGCUAUGAAACCACGAAGCUGUACAGAGACUUGAAGUUGCGUGGGGCCAUUAUCCGGGACAAGGAGUUGGUCAUGCUGCCAAAUGAGCAGGUCUACGAGAAGAUCAACGGGAUCUGGAAUUUGUCUUCAGAUCAAGGCAACCUCGGCACCUUCAUCAUUACGAAUGUGCGGACGGUUUGGUUUGCGGUUCUGGCGGAGAACUUCAACGUAUCGAUUCCAUACCUCCAGAUGAAGAGCAUCAAUGUUCGGAAUUCCAAGUUUGGACAAGCACUGGUCAUAGAGACUACCGCCUCCAGUGGAGGUUACAUCUUGGGUUUCCGUGCAGACCCUGUAGAACAUCUGGAGGAGGUAUACACACAGAUCCACAAUCUAUGGAAGAUCUUCAGCGUCACUCCAAUUUUUGGAGUCGAGUUUUCGGUGGAGGAUAAGCAGACCGAUGCGAAGGAAAACUUUGUGCCAAGACAGGAGGACGAUGUGCAAAUCAUGGAAGGUGAUGACAUUGAGCCCUGCUUGCUAUACCAGCCUGACGGUGAGAAGGAGAUUGACCGCGAGCCAAUCUACAACAAUGAGUUGCUUAGCAGAAACCAUGACCUGAGUGCGCAGAAGAUUCGAGAACUAUUCUUGUGA